CAAGUUCGCAAACGCACUCAAGUCAGCAUGGGUACAGCUAGUGACAUAACUUUAGAAGCGAUUGGUGGUGACAUCUCAUUGCUUACGGCUAGUGUAUGCAGCCCAUCUGGUCGCGAAGAGCCCUGUAUUCUUAAGCGAAUGCCAAACAGCCGCCUUGGCAUCUCGUUUACUCCCAAAGAGGUAGGCGAGCACCUAGUCAGUGUUUAUCAGGCCGGCCAACACAUACCUAAUAGUCCUUUACGAAUCUCUGUGAUGCCCAGUGAAAUUGGCGAUCCUCUUAGAGUCCAUUGCUCUGGGUCUGGUCUUGAGCACGGAAUGGCCAACCAGAUGAACCAGUUUACCGUGGAUACUCGACAUGCCGCCAUCGCUCAACAUCCAUUGGCUCAGAGAUCACGUGAGUGCGUGACUAAUCUUGAUUCUUUAUUUCGCGUCGCCUAA